GUGUGUGUGCAGCCUUCUUAAACCUGCUGCAACCUGCAGCGGUUCUUCGGUGGUUCCCGGCGGAGCGGAGCAUGUUGGCGUCUCCCGGACAGGUGAUGAUGAUGAUUAUGAUGAUGAUGGCCUGGGUUUGGAUCAGUUCGGUGACUCUAGCCCGCCUCAACACGGCACAGGAACCGCACCGGGACGCGGACGGAGCUCUGGCCAGCCUGGAGCCGCUGCUCCCGGACAUUGAACCGCCGGAAGAGCCGCUCAGCAGCAGAGGGUUUGUCCCGGUGCCGGUGUGGAGGUUCGUUAAAGUGUUGGAGCGUGGCGGCGAUGGCGGUGAUGAUGGAGAGGCGGUGGACCUGGGGCAGCCUCAGUACCGCUGCAGUGACGGAUCACUGUCUGUUCGCCUGUCGCUCAUCAGACACUCUGCUGUCAGUCUGGAGGACGGGACGAGGCUGCUGUCCCUGCAGGACGGAUGUCAGGCUUCUCUUCAGACCUUUAGACCCUGGCUGCUGAUAAACGUCCCGUAUACCAGCUGCCACAUGGAAUUAUGGGUUUCUAACGGAUCAUGGUUUCACCAGCUGAGACUGCGUUACUUCGACCAUCUGCUGCAGGAGACCGUAACUGGUGUGGCUGCCUGCGAGAAUCCUGCAACUUCGCUGCAACUGGCACCGCCGUUGGUGACCUGCAGAUCAACAGAUGUGAUUGUGAAACUGCCUCUUGGAGCAAGACUGACAAGAGUAAAAGCUCUUGGUAAACACGGUGUACUUGGGAAGACAGUCACAAUGAGCUCAGGUACCACGUACGUACAGAUAUCGGCACCAGCGAACAUGGAAUCCACUUUUGAAAUGAUUUACACCAACUCCGCAGGGGAAAUGUCUGCGAUGCUGGUGGCAUGUUUCAACACAGCAACACAAAGAGGGCGGGAUCGUCCCCGAAGAGCUCUGGAUGAACCCGACCUGUGGGAGCUUUGGAACUUUGAGGAGGUUCCUGUCGAACCAUUCCAGCCAGAAGUGACCACGACGACCCCUGAUUCAGCAGCAGUGACCACAAAACCAGUAACCACACAGUCGGCUGAUGCAGGAAUCUUUGAGCUAUGGGGGUUUAACAUAAUUCCUGAUGGACCAUUUACUGGCGACCAACCCCCCAGAGUUGCAACCACAAGCACGGCUCCACCUUGCAAAAGCACGGCUCCACCUUGCAAAAGCACGGCUCCACCUUGCAAAAGCACGGCUCCAACGACCACCAGUACGACUCCACCUUGCAAAAGCACGGCUCCAACGACCACCAGUACGACUCCACCUUGCAAAAGCACGACUCCACCUUGCAAAAGCACGACUCCACCUUGCAAAAGCACGACUCCAACGACCACCACAACUGCUGCCUCCUCCACCACAACUGGCGUCUCCUCCACCACAACUGGCGUCUCCUCCACCACAACUGGCGUCUCCUCCACCACAACUGGCGCCUCCUCCACCACAACUGCUGCCUCCUCCACCACAACUGGCGCCUCCUCCACCACAACUGCUGCCUCCUCCACCACAACUGGCGUCUCCUCCACCACAACUGGCGUCUCCUCCACCACAACUGGCGUCUCCUCCACCACAACUGGCGUCUCUUCCACCACAACUGGCGUCUCUUCCACCACAACUGGCGUCUCUUCCACCACAACUGGCGUCUCUUCCACCACAACUGGCGUCUCUUCCACCACAACUGGCGCCUCUUCCACCACAACUGGCGCCUCUUCCACCACAACUGGCGUCUCUUCCACCACAACUGGCGUCUCUUCCACCACAACUGGCGUCUCCUCCACCACAACUGGCGUCUCCUCCACCACAACUGGCGUCUCUUCCACCACAACUGGCGUCUCUUCCACCACAACUGGCGUCUCUUCCACCACAACUGGCGUCUCUUCCACCACAACUGGCGUCUCUUCCACCACAACUGGCGUCUCCUCCACCACAACUGGCGCCUCUUCCACCACAACUGGCGCCUCUUCCACCACAACUGGCGCCUCUUCCACCACAACUGGCGCCUCUUCCACCACAACUGGCGCCUCUUCCACCACAACUGGCGUCUCUUCCACCACAACUGGCGCCUCUUCCACCACAACUGGCGCCUCUUCCACCACAACUGGCGCCUCUUCCACCACAACUGGCGCCUCUUCCACCACAACUGGCGCCUCUUCCACCACAACUGGCGCCUCUUCCACCACAACUGGCGCCUUCCACCACAACUGGCGCCUCUUCCACCACAACUGGCGCCUCUUCCACCACAACUGGCGCCUCUUCCACCACAACUGGCGCCUCUUCCACCACAACUGGCGCCUCUUCCACCACAACUGGCGCCUCUUCCACCACAACUGGCGCCUCUUCCACCACAACUGGCGACUCUUCCACCACAACUGGCGUCUCUUCCACCACAACUGGCCCUAA